GCUAAACCUUCCCCAACCUCGGCACCAUGGAUCCUCUCAGUCUGUCCGUCAACAUUAUCACGCUGAUCGACACGGGGCAGAAGAUCAUCACCUUUCUUCAAGAGCUCAAGGAUGCGCCGGCUGCCCGUCAGGACUUCCUGCUGGACGGGCAAUCUUCAUACUUGGUUCUCUGGCGCCUCAAGGACCAGCUCGGACGUCUGCAAGAUGCCGCAUCCGAGAAUGACCUAGUUUGGUUGACGAACUUCAGUUGCGCCGUUCAAUCGGACAGUGUGCUGGGACAGUUGAAGGCCUGUCUAGAGGAGAUUCAGGCCAAGCUUAGUCCAAGGGAUCAGGGGAAACACUUCCAAAAGCUCCAGCAGGCGGCAAAGUGGAAAUUCACCAAGGCAGAUCUGGAGAGCUCGUUUCAGAGACUGGGGCGGAUCACGGGCAUGAUAGAGUUAUGUAUCUCUAGCGAAUCAUUGGCGUGGACGACCUCCCUUGGAAAGGCAGUGCAGGAUAUAAAGCUCGAUACUAAAACGAUAAUCAAGAGACAGCUCACAGAGCACGAAAAGCAGGAGCGCAAGAACAUUCUAGACUGGGUAGAGAAGCGUGCCAACCAUUAUGAGGUAGUGCAAGCUGGCUACUAUAGCCGAGCACCAGGGACAUGGAAAUGGUUCAUCGAAUCAGAUUCCUUUCAGCAAUGGGUUGCUGGAGAGACUCCCUUGCUUUACUGCCCAGGAAUCCCCGGUGCUGGUAAGACGAUCAUGGCGUCCAUGGUGAUCAACUUUCUUCAGUCUCGCCUGCCCCAGCCCGAAGGCUACUUGGCCGUUGCAUAUUUCAACUACAAGCUCAUCACGUCUCACGAAAAGCACGAAGGGCUGGACCGCAACGUCGAUGCCAUACUAGACCUUCUCUCAGGGACGAUUCAGGAUUCAGGCGUCGUCUUCAUUGCACUUGACGCAUUGGACGAAGUUUCGAACAAGGACGAGCCAAAUGGUCGCAAGAGUUUACUGAACAGCGUGUGGAAGCUACAACAAGCUGGAAACGAAAACCAAGUGCGAAUACUGGCGACAGCACGACCGAAUACGGAACUACCUGCUACCUUUGUCACAGAAAUAUACUCUGCAGAGCAUGGCCCUGGGAUUUAUCUCAAGACACGUGUGGCAGACCUGGACUGCCUCCCGGAGGUUGGCGAUGAAGUCGAGGUUUCAGAGAUAUUUCAGCAAAAGAUUAUCAAGCGCAUGAUCGAUGCUGCAGAUGGAAUGUUUCUACUUGCUGCUUUCCACGCCGAGUGA